CUCCCCUUCUUGAUCCAGCCAGGGACUCCCUCCACUACUCCCCGGUCGCAUCAUUUCUUUUGUUCGCCGUCGCUCCUGGAGCUUUGAUUAAUUCUUGAAGUCCGUUCAUCGGCUAUAAUCUCCAGUCAUCAUGGCUCAUCGUAUCGUCACUCAAGUCGUCGUCACGGGCGCCCGUGUCUUCGGCAAGGCUUUCGCCGAGGCCUACAAGCAAGCCCAAGCCUCCUCCAAGUACGCCGCGCAGACGGGCAAGAAGGUCGGCGCCAGCAUGUCUUCCGGAUUGACUCUCGACGAGGCCUGCAAGAUUCUCAACGUCAAGCCCCCGCAAAACGGCGAGGCCAACCUGGAGCAAGUGAUGGAACGAUUCAAGAAGCUGUUCGACCUCAACGAUCCCCAGAAGGGUGGUAGUUUCUACCUGCAAAGCAAGAUUCUUCGGGCCCGGGAGAGGUUAGAGAUGGAAGUCCGACAGGCCGAGCGCAAGAUGGCCGAGGAGAAGGAGCUGCGCGACGGCUGGAAGCCCAAGGUAUAUAAGGACCGGUGAAUGCGUUUCUUUUUACCUAUAGCACCCGGCUCAACUUCUUCAGGAAUGAUUGAUUGCUCUCGGGCUGCCAUCUGGGAGUUCUUACGUUUCGAUCGAUUUAAGCUUGGCUCUCAUCAACAGGGUCGAAGCAUUUGCACCGACCAUCGGAAGCCCCUCUUAACGAUC